GACGAGGUUGUAUAGCUGGGCGGGUGGGGGACCAGUUGACCAACAGGCGGGCUGGGGGUCAUAUACUCGCUCUCUGGGUGCUUAUUCUGCCUCAUUAUGGCUGUCUUACGGAUAUGCCUCGUUGUUGUCAUUGUGUGUGUGGGGGAGGUAGUCAUGCAGGUGCACACACACGUACCGCCAUAUUCCCCAGGUGACCCAAGCAUACAGGCACCUGUACAACCCAGGGAGCAGCAGGUGCCGCCAGAACAGAAAUAUCUGCCGCAGUCGCAGCAUCAACCAGAACCACAUGAACAGCAACCCUUGCAACAACUGCUGCAGUUGCAGUUGCAGCAGCAACAGCAGCAACAAAGUGACCCUCAGCCCCGUGGUUACCAAGCAGAGUCGCAUGCUCAGCCCUUGAGCGUUGGUCACGGGGAGCAGUGGGCGCCGGUGACGCUGCAGCAGCAGCAGUCUACCUAUGGUCCUGGACACCAGCAGUCUACCUAUGGUCCUGGACAACCACUACACGAGCCCCGGCAGCGUCGCGUGGAGGACACGCUGGUUCAGUGCCUGAAAACCCACAUGUUGGUCACCUUCAGAUUCACGGCAGCGUUCUCUGGGUACAUCUACCCCCACCAGCACUUCAGGGAGUGUCUCCUCUUCCAGGGCCAGAAUUCCCGGAACGCGACUCUUCAGUUGAAGCACGGCACUUGUGGCGACCAGGAGAAGAGGGUUGUGCAGCAGGGCAAGUCCUACCUUGAUCCUGUUAUUGAGCACCGGCUAAUGAUCCAGUGGGAGCCGGACAUAGUGUGCGAGGAUGAUUCUAGCGUGAUCGUCCGCUGUGACCGUCCUGAUGACUAUAACAAGACGGUGGAGUGGAGUCUGGAGACCAGGAACCUGCUGGCCACACUAGAGCGGUCCACUCACCCCGGUCCCAAGAUGUGGAUGGAGAUCCAGGUAGGCGAGGGUCCCACUGCCCCGCCCCUCUCUGAUCAGGUGGUGUACAUUGGUGACGUCUUGACGCUAGUCUUCACCUUGUCUGAUAAUGUCUACUGGUUCGACUCCAACAUUCUGACUUGCUACGCGGUGGAUGGGGGAGAAGAGGUACAGCAGAUAGAAUGGGCGUCGCAGCCUAACAAGCAAAUUACUGCAAGGUCACGAGUUUACAGUGGAGAGACGACAGUCAUAGAAGAUGGCUGCUCAGUCAAGCCUAAAAUCUUCUCGCACUUCUUGAAGGAAAAGCACACCAGGCCCAACGGGGAUCUGGUCACAUUACAUUAUGCCCAUUUCAAGGCUUUCAGGUUCCCAACUUCUCUGAAGAUAAUCCUUCAAUGUAAUGUUCAAGUGUGCUACAAGGAAUGUGUACAGCCACCCCCGUGCAGCGAGGCGUUCCAUCCCAGGACCUCUGAGAGCCAGCAACGACGGCGGCGAGAAGCCUCUGCCGCAGUGGCUAAAGAAGGCGCGCACGAGGUGGACAAGGUCCAGCUCUACCGCUCCAUUGACGUCUUCCUCGCAGAAGAGGGCGGCGAGAAAAAAAUUCAUGUAAAUUCGCCUAUUGUUGCUCAAGCCCUUAAAGACUUCUGCUACAGCCCAACGGUGUACUAUUCCACUGUGAUUGGUCUUGUUGCUGUAAUAGUAAUACUGAUUGUCAUGAUUUGUGCUAUUUGUUUGAGGGAUAGAAUGCCAAGAGCUUCAUUUUAUACUCCAACAAAAUCACUAAAAUAAUGCUUUAAUUUUCAAAUUUCGUAAAAAAAAAAAUUCCUGUAUCCCAUAUUUAAACUAAAUAUUAGAAUGAUUUUUUUAAAGAACUAUAUUUGGAUAAGCAUAGUGUAUAUACUGUGUUUAAAAAAAUAAAUGCAUAAAUACCAGUUGUUGCUAAUAUUCUU